GGCAGAGAGGAGGAGGGGCACCGCUGGGAAUGGGGGUGAGAGGAGGGGAGUAGGUGGGAACUGGGGGCAAGGUAGAAAGGAAGCAGGGCAAGUGACUGCUGAGGAUGGGGCUUCCACCAUGCUGGAAGCUCUCUGGAGCGACUUGGCUAGCAUGGUUGCUCAGGGCAGCUGUGAAAUGCUGGCCUUCAUUAAAGAACUUGGGAAAGAAAAGUUGCCCGAGACAGAUGCUCCCUACCUCGAUGUGGUCCUCAGAACUCUGUUCCCCAAAAGUCAGCCUCGCCGUUGUUCCACUACAUGGAGAAAAGAAUUAGUCAUAAAAGAUACCUUUAAUGGAACUGUGACCUUUCUACCAUUGGAGGAGAAUGAUGAAGGAAAAUAUCAGGUUAAGAAGUGCAACAUUUAUCAAAUUCGACUUACACACAUUAAAGGAGAUGAAUGGUCUAUAUCUAUGUUAACUUCAUCUCCAGAAAACUGGGUUGCAGAUGGAAUUGUAUACCCCAAAACAACAUGGCUUGGAAAUGAACUAUUGUCUAAACUGGCUAAAUGGUCCACAGAAAAAAAGCAGAGCGAGUUUAAAAGUACUCUGUCACUCAUUUCUGUGGCUAAAUACAGCAAGGUUUAUCAAGAAUUAAAAGAAAAAUACAAAGAGAUGGUAAAGGUGUGGCCUGAAGUAACGGAUCCCGAAAAAUUUGUAUAUGAAGAUGUUGCUAUUGCUACUUAUCUGCUGAUCCUUUGGGAAGAGGAGAGAGCAGAAAAAGGCUUGACUAAGAAACAGUCUUUUGUAGACCUAGGAUGUGGAAAUGGUCUGCUGGUUCAUAUUCUGAGCAACGAAGGGUAUCCCGGUAGAGGAAUUGAUGUGAGAAGAAGAAAAAUAUGGGACAUGUAUGGACCACAAACACAUUUAGAGGAAUGUGCAAUCAGACCAGAUGACAGUUAUCUUUUUCCAAAUGUUGACUGGCUAAUAGGAAAUCAUUCAGAUGAGCUAACACCGUGGAUACCUGUAAUUGCAUCCAGGUCUUCCUAUUCUUGUUGCUACUUUGUACUGCCUUGUUGCUUCUAUGAUUUCCAUGGAAAAUAUAACCGAAGGCAAAGCCAGAAGACACAGUACAGAGAAUAUCUUGAUUUUGUUACACAAGUAGGAUUCGUAUGCGGCUUCAGUGUGGAAGAAGAUUGCCUUAGAAUUCCCUCAACAAAAAGGGUAUGCCUCAUUGGGAAGUCCAGAACAUACCCACCUAUGCAAGAGGAUCAAUUUGAUGAACAGAUAACACAGUAUAUUAACAACCGCCAGUCCUGCAAUGGAGUCUCAUCAGACAAAACAGUUGGAUCUAAUCAAUGUGACAACCACCAUGUUGUAAACUCUGUCACUGACCAAGCAUCAGAGUCAGUGUGUGCUGAAAAUGAAACAAAGACAGAUGGUGGCAGGGUCUGGUUAUCUGGAUUUCAACCUAGAGAAAAAGUAGAACAAGUCAGGAAUUGUGCUUCUCUCCCGCGGGAUUUUGUAGAUGUUGUGGUUUUGAGUGUGGCAAGCUUACUGUUAAAUGCAACCCAAGAGAAAUUUGAUGUAUGCUUGAACACCUGGAAUAAAGGAGAAAGUCUUUCCUUGAGGGAAGUAGCAGAACAUUUAGACAAAGAGACUUUGAAGAGAUUAAAGAAUGAAUAUGGAGGACUGCAGACAUUGCUCAAGAACAAUCAUCAGGUGUUUGAAGUUCUAAAUGGAAGAGUUUGUUUUCGUGACUGGAGAGAAGAGAAAAUAUCAAAGCGAACCAAGCCAGAAGUAAAACGAAGAUUUUCUGCAGACGCUUUUAAAACACGUCUCUGUUGGUUUUUCAUUCACCAUCCUGAUGGCUGUUGUCUGACUUCUGAAUCUUGUCCAUAUGCUCAUGGGACUGAGGAGCUGAGGCAAUCUCAGAUUAUGAAAAAGAAAAAACAGCCACAAUAAAGUACUGCAGGUUCCACUUAAAC